AUGUUUAUUCUUCUUUUAUUUAUAUCAAUUUCACUUGGUGAUUACAAAGCUGAUAAACUCAUCGGAGACAAAGAACCAAGAGAGGCUGUUCCACAUUGCGCAUCAGUUUCAAAUGGAGCAUGUGCUAGUUGUGAUGAUGGCUAUGAACUUAAAACUGAAUCUGGAAGUAAUAAGUGUGUCCUUAAAGAAGGUACUUGUAAAAGUUCAUUUUCUUACUAUGACACCAGUAACUCUGAAACUCCUAAAUGUACUUAUUGUGAAGAUGGAAAAGAAGUUGAUGAUUCAUCUACCUCUAGUACUGAUAAAUGUACAUGUAGAAAUAGUGUUAGCACUUGUGAUACUUGUCUUUAUAUGGGACAAGAUAAUAAAUGUGGUGAAUGUGUUAUAGGAAAAUAUUCAACCACAGGAGAAAAGUUAUGUGACAAUGCAAUUGCAGAUGACCAUGCAGAAAAUUGUAUCGGUCUUUCAGCUAAAGAUUCUUCAAACAAGGCAUGUGAUAAAUGUUUUGGAAGUUAUACCCUUCAAAAUAAUAUGUGUUCUAAUCAACUCACUAAAAUUGAUAAGUGUAUUUUACAAGUAGAAAAUUCUUGUAAUCAAUGUGCAGAUGGAUAUUAUAUUAAUGCUGAGAAAAAAUGUACCAAAUAUCCAGACCAUUGUUCUAAAGUAAAUGGUGAGAAAUGUGCUUCAUGUAUGGAAGGUUAUUAUUUAACUGGUACAGAGUGCGAAGUAUGUACAAUUGAUAAUCUAGACGAUCUUUCAAAAGGUGAUGAAUGUAGUAUUUAUAGUGCUAAACACUGUACAUCAUGUAAUAAAAGAUGUACUGUUUCUGGUGAAGUUUGUGUUAAGAAUCAUUGUCGUUUGUUCUCUUUGACUGAUAGUAGUAAAUGUGCAAAAUGUGAUAGUGGAUAUUUCCUUACUAGCUCUGGAACUUGUUCACCAAAUUUCUAUGAUGGUUUCAAAACAUCAGCUAAAGAAGAAUGUUUACCUGGUUAUUAUUUAGAAAAAGAUGGAGAAAAUAAGAGAUGUACACUUUGUCCAGAUCCAUUUACUGAAUGUCUUACUUCUAAAACACCUGUUCCAGGUAAAUUAAAUCUUAGAAGUUCUCAUUUAACAUCAAAUGCGGGUCCAUGCAAACUUCCAGGAUGUUUGUCAUGUAGUGAUGAUGAUACUAUUUGUUAUAAAUGCGAUGAAGGACUUACUUUAAGAGGAACCCAUUGUUACAACCUAGACUCUGUUAAUGUACUUGGUACUAGUGGUGAAGAGCAUAGAGUGUGUAAAAUGAGAGGGUACAAUCAAUUUGAACAAUAUUUGAAUGCAUUUAAAGCAUCAGAUGAUACUUAUUAUUGCCCACUUACAGAUCUUUUCUUACCAUAUUAUUUCAGUGUUACUAAAGAUAGUUCAAAUGCAAUUACUAUUGGUUGUGUUGGUCAAUUAAGAAAUGUUUCAAAUGAUUGUGAAUGUAAUGAUAAACACGUUCCAACAUCUAUAGAUAAAUCAUCAGAUUGUGUUUCAAUAGUAACUAAACUUCCAUCAUGUGAAAGAGCAGCAAAUGAAAAUAUUUGUACACAAUGUCCAGUUGGAUCACAUGUAGGAAGUGAUGGUAAAUGUUCUUGUGGUGAUGGUCAUUAUUUCGAUGAAAAUAAUGUAUGCCAGAAAUGUCCAGAUAGUUGUUCAAGUUGUUCUUAUGAUUCAAAUAAAAAGGCUGUUGUAUGUACUGCAUGUUAUGAAAAUAUUCAAGGAGUUACUACAAGGGAUAAAAACAGUCAAUGUGCUUGCCUUGAUGAACGCUAUAAAGAAGGACCAAAUGAAGAAGAUAAGAAGAAAAGUUGUGCAGAGUUAAAUGAAAACUGUAAUCAAGAAGGUAAGUAUGAGAUUAGUAAUGGAUAUGUUAAAUGUCUUGAAUGUAAUGAUCCUGCAUAUAUAGUUGGUUCUGAAAUUAAUGCUUGUAGUCAAUGUUCUUCUAGUGCUUUUAAAGAUAGUAAUAAUAAAUGUCAGUUAUGUUCUACUAAACAAGAUAAGUUUGGACAUUGUUCAUCUUGUUCAGCAACAGCAUGUAUUACAUGUGAAGAUAAUAAUUUAAUUCUUGCUGCUAGUGACUCAAAUGUACAAUGUACUGAGUGUAAAGAUGGAUUUUAUAAAAUUGAAAACCCAACGGAUGGAGUGUAUUGUAGUCCAUGUCCUGCAAAAUGUAAAACAUGUAAAUAUGAUAGUACUAAACAGGAGGUUGAGUGUUUGACAUGUACUGAUACAACUUCUCAAGACAUUAAAGCACCAGAAUGUGCUUGUCCAACAGGAACAGUUCAACUUGAAAAUGGAAGAUGUAAGAGUUGUUCAGAACUUUCAAAAUAUGAAGGAUGUAAAACUACUGAUACAUGUAAUGUUGAUGCUAAAACAGGAUAUAUUUAUGCAACAGAAUGUUCAGAAGAUUUUAAUGGACGUAGUCCUUAUAGCAAUUGUACUGCAUGUACUUUGUCUAACUAUUAUCCAAAAAAAGGAGAAAAGGGAGAGGAUGGAAAUAAUAAUGGAUGUGCCAAAUGUGGUAGUGAAUGUGCAACUUGUUCAGACGAACAUGUUUGUUUAACAUGUGCUAAACCAUUAAUGGUAGGAAGUAAGUGUGAUAGAUGUAAGACAGGAUAUUAUAUGUCUAAUGGAGAAUGUAAACCAUGUACUAAUCAUUGUAGUGAAUGUACUAGUGCUACAGAAUGUACAGUGUGUGAGAGCGAUACAUAUAAGGUAAUUAGUGGAAAAGGAUGUAAUUCAUGUGCAGAUGGAUUCUAUUUUGAUGAAAUUAAAGGAGCAUGUAUACUAUGUACAUCACCAUGCACUAAAUGUAUUGGAGUAAUGAAGUACUGUGAAGAAGGAGAAAGUGGAUGUAAUUCAGAGAAGAAGAAAGUAGUAGAACAUUGUACAAAAUGUUCAACAAAAGAUCAUAUUUCAGAAUUCCCAGUGAACGGGGCAUGUACAUGUGCAUAUGGAUAUAUUCAAAAUAAUUCAACAAAAGAUAAUACAAUAGAAUGUGAAUCAUGUAAAGCCAAAGUUAAUGAAUUCUGUGAUUCAUGUAAUUCAAAUGAAUGUUUGAAAUGCAAUGCAGAAUAUUUAGAAUUGAAAGGAGGAGAAUGUGUUUGUGUAGAAGGAUAUUACACAACAAGUUGGGGAUCAUGUAUUCCAUGUUCAAGACAUAUGGCACAUUGUACUAAAUGUUCAGGAGAAGGAAAAUGCACAUCAUGUGAAGAAGGAUGGAAAUUAGAAGAAGGAAAUUGUAAUGGAAGUAAAGGAAUUUUCAUUAUGAUGGUGAUAGUCAUGUUAUCAUUUAUGUUCUAA